AUGGAUAUAUUAACGAUCUACGCUAUAUCUGUAGGCAGCAUCUUCGCACUUCUUUUCGUUCUCAGGAUCAAAUCAUCCCUUAAUCCUUGGACCGGUUUAUAUGCCAGUUUUAUUUCCCGCCAUUUUACCUAUCCAUACCUUCUCGGACGCCACCGGCUAGCCGGACCAUGGACUCGGGCUGGAGCUUUUUUCCACCUUGUAUACAUCGCCUUGAAUGCCUUCCUUACUUUCUUUCACACGACAUCUGUCAGCGAUGCUGGACAUAGAGCUGGCGAACUUUCGAUGAUUAACAUGAUUUUCCUCAUCUCUGCAUUACAUCUAAGUUAUCUGUCUGACUUGCUAGGUAUAACAUUGCGAGUGGGCCGGCGAAUCCACCGCGCUGCAGGCUGGGCCAUGGCAGCUCUGCUGCUUUUCCAUGUAUCCGCAGCAAUCGUGACCCGAAAAUCGAGCUUUUCUUUACGACGGCCCAACGAUAUUUAUACGGUCAUUGGUGCCACCUGCUUCGCCGUUCUUAUAUUACUUUCCUGCGCAUUCUUUCGUCAUUUAUCAUACGGUAUUUUCCUCUGCAGUCAUCAGGCAUUGGCAGGGGUUGGAGUAUAUGGGAUCUGGCGACACCUCCCACCUGAUGCUCGGUUUUCUUGGACAUGCCUUUAUACUGCCCUCGGAAUCUUGGCAGUAACGUCAGUUUUGCAGUUCCUCACUGUUCUUCAUCACAAUGGAUUGUUUGCUGGCCGAGGUGGCCCACGGCUUAUCGCAUCUUGUGAGACUAGCUCCGUGGGCAAGGUUCGCCUGGCUAUUCCUCGGCCUCUUGAAGUAUACGCCGGCCAAUAUAUCAACCUGUGGAUGCCGUCUCUCUCCUGGUGGUCGUGGAUGCGAACCCAUCCAUUUGUUGUCAUCUCCUAUUCUCCGGAGAAACAGGGCUCUCUGGAUAUGUUAUUAGAACCCCAGAAUGCCGUCUGCGAAGAUAUUCUCCGCCGAGCACAGGCGAGAAAAUUGGACACUGUCUCUUUACCCGCACUCUUCACUGGGCCGCAUGGGGUUACAGAGCCAGUGGGUUGCUAUGAGACGGUCCUUAUCGUCGCUAGUGGAUUUGGUAUUACAGCGGUGAUUCCGUACAUGAAAAAAAUCAUACACGGAUACAAUACAUCUACAUCCCAGGCACGUCGGCUGCAUCUUGUGUGGCAGGCAAAAUCUCUUGAUAUUGUGAGCGCUGGAGAAUCUCUCCUGAAUGAUCUCUUACAAGAUGACAUUCUGGACGAUGGCUAUAUCCUUUCCGUCUCGAUUUAUGUGACCCAUGAGAAACUUCGUCAACAUCAAACACCCUUCGGCGAGCAUAAACGAGCCACUCUCUACGAGGGAUGCCCGAGCUACCGCGAUCUGAUUGCUCAAGAGGCAUCUGGCGAACAGAUAGAGAGGCUCCCGAACAUCGAGGACAAGCGUGGGAAGAUGUUGGUGAUGGGUAAGGAACUUUGCUGGUAG